CAAACUACGGUGGGCGAGAAAGGCCAUAAAUAAAGGGACACCCACAUGACAUGGGGCUGGGCGCUCGUAGCUUCAUCAACACUAAAAUUCUACCAGGCGCGUUUGUAUUUGGUGCUUCUUCUAUUGUGCUGUGCGAUUCGAAGAUUCGCAGGAGGUGGGAGUCAUUAUGGCUGAACUUGAAUAAAAUUGUAACUAUGAAUGUUGUAUAUGCUUGUCUACUUCAUCAUCAACAGGCUGUCCUCGCUGUCCUUGUCUUACAUCUGAAAACUAAGAAAUAAACUGUGGAAAAAUUUUUGAACAAUAUGUGCUUGUACAAGGAUAUUAUGGUCGGCCUAAAAUGCUUCGCAUAUUAUAACAUAAAAUAUUGAUUGAACUUGAAGUGGAUUUUCUUCUUGGGACAACGAACCCGGGAUCAUGACCUGGACAAACUCGACGAGUCUAACUUUACCGACGCUGUUGUGGUUGUGCAACGCCGAGGCCGCCCAGACGAGAUUUCGACACAUCCUCAGGGAUGAUGUACUCAGGUAGCAUCUGCAUUCUUAUGGCAGAAUCACUUACUUGACUCGGUAGGUCAGAUCGGAGCCACCUACGCGACGCAUGACUUGACUUUUACUUUGCCAUAUGAUGAUCCUACAAGAAAAAAGUCGACAGGAGAUAAGAGGUGAUGACCACUAGACCUAGAAGAAGAAAAUGAUCAUAAAUAAUCAGGACAUGGAUUCCAUGUAGAGCGUCAUGUUCACGAUUCUCCUCAGUGCCUCUAACGUUUUCGCGAGUACCGUCAUGGGCUUGAGUCUUCUGCGGCUUAGCCUGUUCAAUCAGAAGUGGGAGCCUCUUGAAAAGUAUGGCCCUGAGUGGAGUCCGGCAUAUUAUACGCGGUAAUUUUUGCAGAUCUAUCCUAUCUUUUCUUUCUUUAUUCUUAAUGCUAGCUUAGAAUCAAUUCGCAUUUCCAUUUUCAUGAUGUGAAAUUUAUUUGUACUAACAAAAGGCACAGGUACAGCGUUGCAUUCUCAAGAAGUAAUACAUAUGAUAAGAUAAUGAAAGCGCCCACGGCCACCUUCCACUUUCACGCAGCUCGUGGUAGAGCAGUAAAAUGAGCAAAGGCUAUUUGUAGAGAAUAAAUUGUGAAGCGCAAGCCAACUACUCUAUCUCUUUUUGAUAAGAAUCAAUGUGAUAAAUUCAUUUUCAUCAAUGAAGAGUGAGUAUGAUCUUAGAUGUACUCCUUGGGGCGUUUUGCCUGCGCUCUUGUCGGAACCUCGUGUGAAGACUUAGCAGAGGCACCCUAUCCUUAUAUCCUAUCCUAUGCUUUUGUUCAUGUUCAGGCUUUUCGCAUUCGAAGUACCAUUGCAACUCUUUUGCGGUCUUGUGAUCCUGUUCACUGUCGUUGGCGUCUUCAAGGACAAGAUUCACCCACAGAAAAAUCGACAUCGACUUGAACCAAGAACAUCUGAAUCAGUUUAUGGUACAGAGGUUUUGAGAAUUAUUGUACAAUCGGUAUCGUGUAUCUAUUGUACUAAUAGAUACAACCGUGUAUCUUCAAGUCUGUAUUCAAUCCAUGAUAUCAUCGAUCUCGCCUGGCGCUGCUUAUGUCCUGCUAUUCUAAGCCUAGAUACGCUUAUCUCCCCUCUAACCAACAUUGGGCGCUAAGCGGGAUCUUGGCUCCCAACGCAGAUCGCUGGUAGAUGCACAGAAAACCGCUGGCGUGAGUCUCUCUCCCGGUGCCGCUCCCUAGCGCGUGGUCAGGUGGCCAAGGUGGCAGCAUCUUCUUCACCUAUUCACGCUGACUUUGUCUGCUCGGGCGUACCGCGGAUGAGACCCAACCUCCUGCUGCACGAUUUUGAAACGGCACAUUACUAUAGUGAUUACCCUCGUCUUCCUCUCCUUUUAUGUUAGUUUACUUCUUUAGCACUAUUCACUCUUGUUACAAGAACCCGACAUCUUCUCACUCACACGAUGAAAGUGAACAAAAUCAACGUGAUUGGAAAGCGACUUCCAUGAAGAUGCGGCAAGUGGGAUGUGCCAAAUAUCUACUACAGCAAGUCUUUUCAUUCCAUCGUUCGAGGUCCCUUUAGUCGUGCGUCUUCUUGCCCGCGCUGUAUUA